AUGUCCUCUCUGCGACAGAGCAGCUUCGCCUACGAGCUCGUCGCCCGGCUCCAGAACAUCUCUCUCGAAGCGCGCCGCCGCCAGGAUGAGCUGCCGCAGUACGACUACGCCGACGCCGCCGACCUGGGCCGGCUCGUGACGAGCAGCCGCCCACGCUCCUUCACCCUUGGCACCGGCGCCUCCAUCUACACGAGCACCCUGUUGCCCGCUAUCCUGCGCGCCAGACACGAGGCCAUCCUCGUCACCUGCUUCUGGGCCCCGUCCAAAACGCUCGACGCCCUGCGCGAAGCCCUCGAAGCGCUUGCCACCCACCGCCGCCGCGUGCUUGACCAGGGUGCGGGGAGCCUCCCGACGCUGCGCGUCCGCAUCUGCUUCUCUUCGAGAUCGUUCAUGCAGCGCCUGCUGCACACCUCGUCGCGCCGGGGAUACACAUACCCGCCCUCCAAAUGGGCGUCGGAGCUGGGGCUGCCGGACGAGCUCGUGCUCAAGACUGCGCGCAUCGAGCUGGAUGUCAAGAGCUUGUUCUUCCUGCCCUUCAGCGUCAUGCACCCGAAAUUCCUCAUCGUCGACCGCCAGCGCGCUUUCCUCCCCAGCUGCAACGUCAGCUGGGAGCCGUGGCUGGAGGGCUGCGUCGAGCUAGAGGGCGGCGCCGUCGGCGCGCUCUUGCACUUCUAUGCCCGCACGUGGGAUCCCUUGUUCGACUUCUCGGAGCCGCUGCCCAUCGCCGCCGAAUCGUCCCUCGACCCCGACCUCCUCGGCCCAUCCGCCAGCGCAGAGCGCCUGGCCGUGGUCCAAAGCACGGCGGACAGCGUUGUGUUGUUUGCACCCACUGGCCGCGAAGAGUACCCUGAUCCAGACGACAUGGAGCAGGCGGUUGCCAGGGGACAAGAUUUGACCGUCGAAACGACAGUUCUGCCGUCUUCGCACCAUCGCAAUCCACGUUUCCGGCCCUUCCCAUGGCAGAUUGGGUCGCCUCCACCUCCCCCGCAGACACCCCUCAACGUGGCCGUGCUGCAGCUCCUGGAAAAGGCCCGCCACCAGGUCUAUAUACAGACGCCAAACUUGACAUGUCGUCCCGUAUUGAUCGCACUGGUGGAGGCCCUGCGUCGAGGCGUGGACGUCAGGAUCGUGACAGGCCGCAACAUGAUGUUGCUCGAGCAGCUUGUGACGGCGGGAACCACGACCGCGCUGUGUAUCCGGUCGCUCGUCAAGCGCUAUGAGGCGAUGCACAAAGCCGCGUCCGGCGGGUCGGCCCCUGGGUCGCGCGACUCGCCAGUUCAACUGCACAGCAGACGGGGACAGGAAUACGCUGCGAGUCCGGACUCGGCCACUCUAGAGGACUUGUCCAGCUUCCGGCCGUACAUCGGAGAGCCUGGGAAGCUUCACAUUUCGUACUUCGGACCACCGCGAAUCGCACAGGCCAAGACAGCAGUAGCAGGCAGGAACAACAAUACCCCCUUGGACCUAGAGAUGGGUGUGGACGAGGCGGCCGAGGAGCCGGUUCAUCCCCACAUCAAGCUCACGAUUGUGGAUGGGCGGAUGGCGCUCCUGGGCUCGGGUAAUAUGGACCGUGCUAGCUUCUACACCAGCCAGGAGCUCGGUGUUCUCUUCCGCGGUGCAGAGUUUGUGGGCCCCGUCAAGGAGGCACUGGACCGCGCCCUCGACGGCCGGCUAUCUACCGUCUUCGACUCGACACAGCAGUGA